AUGGACAACCACCAUCCCCAAACGGAGCCUAUGCAGGCGGACCCACGCCAGCGGGGGCAGUUUAAGGUGGAUGCUCUGCAUGGGAUGCAGUCGCAAGUAUCCAGCAGAAUCCGUAUUCACCAUCUGCUAGGCCUGUUACUGACCAAAACACUGGUGGCCAGCGCUGCGUGGCUUGCGCGGCAAUGGCUUCUUGUCCCCCAGUUCGAUCUGGAAACGUUCCAGAUCCAGGUGCGUGACAUGCUUGGCGAGAAUAACAUUUCUCCUGAAAAUAUACAAGCUGCAGCUGCCGCCAUGCCCGUGCAUGCGCCAGCGAGUGUAUGGGCAGUCGCUGUGCUUUCCAUGUCGCUUGCUGCGCUUGUAUUUCUGCUCGCAUUCCGCGCUUGGCGGUGGCAAGCGGUGUGGACAGAAAAAAGUGUUUGGCACUUGGGCGUGCUUGGCUCUUUGCUCUUUCUGCAGCUCCUGCUAUGGCUCUCUGCGCUCCGCUAUCUGGGCGCGACCACGGUGCUUAUAUUUACGCAAUUCUGCGACGUAUGGGUGCGUGACUUGGCCAUCGGGUGGAAGAGUCGCACUUUUGGAAGCAUGCCUGUGCUGUUUGCUAUGGCGCUCGCCUUUCUCGUCGCUGCCGCUACGGGCUCGACAGUGCGGAUCCGCCGCCCGUUUGGCGAGAUCGUCGAUCCCUCGACCCAAGCCGCCUUUUCCAUGACGUCCAAGCUGCAGGACACCACCUCGCUGAACCAUGUGCUCCUGGGAUAUGUUGCGCUCACACUCUACGCGGUGCUCACGAUCGAGACGGGCCGUGCGACGUUUAUCGUGUCCAAGUUUGUCGGCGGACGCCGGCGCGCAAUUGUGCUGGCGACGGGCCUUGUUUCUGUCGUGGUACUGCCUAUCUCUGCUAUCGGUGCCAUGCUUGGCCUGAGCACGCUCCCCGCCUCACUUGUGCCUGGCCGUGAACUUACGCCUCAGGACCAGUUUGAGCUGAGCCAUUUGGCCGCGUACCUUGUGCUUGCACUGGGCCUCUUGGUCUGCGACUCGCUCGUCACACUCACCCUGGAAUCCUACGUGACGCUCUAUGCACAUAUGAUGCAUGCAUGGCCGAUGGCGAUUGUCGGCGUGAUCAUGAUUGGAUUUGGCGUGUUUGCCAUUCAUGUUGCUGUCGUCCAAGUUAUUGCCGCUCUCUGCGUGUGGUUUGCACUGCGGACGGUCCUGCGGCACUCUCCGCUUUACCUUACUUCGUGGUACAAGUCGCAUGCGCACAGUAUGACGCUCGAGGAGCAGCGGAGGGCGGUUAGCAUGGAUACUACCGAGUCUAGCUAUACGGAAGCGCUGCAUUUAUCCUACCGGAUCAUGGUCCAGCUGCGCGGGAUGGUGCGUACGAUCGUUGCAAAUAGCGACUCGCGCCGCAUAUUCAUGUUUCUCUGCUUGAAUCUCGGUUUCAUGGGCGUGCAGAUGGUGUGGGGAGUGUGGACGAAUAGCCUUGGACUGAUCAGCGACGCGAUCCAUAUGUUUUUUGACUGCACAGCAAUCUUUAUGGGGCUGCUUGCAAGUGUCAUGGCAUCAUGGAAGACGGACGGGGCGUUUCCUUACGGGUACAAGCGCGUAGAGACGUUGUCCGGAUUUGCCAAUGGCAUUUUCCUCGUGCUCAUCAGCGUGUUUAUCUUGUUUGAGGCGAUACAGCGGAUUAUCGAGCCGCCAGAGAUGCAAAACUUUACACAGCUCCUGAUUGUAAGCACGUUGGGAUUGUUGGUCAAUUUGUUUGGCAUGUUUGCCAUGGGACACCACCACCACCAUGGCCACGGGCAAUGUCACGGCCAUGAUCAUGAUCAUGACCACGGCCACGGCCAUUCGCACUCCCACAACAUGCUUGGGCUUUAUCUGCACGUUAUGGCGGAUACGCUCGGAUCCGUCGGUGUCAUUAUUAGCACGAUCCUUAUCCACUACUUCCACUGGACAGGAUUUGACCCUAUUGCAUCGCUGCUCAUUGGGCUCAUGAUUCUCGGAUCUGUGGUCCCACUCGUAAUCGACUCGGGACGGAUUUUGUGCCUGGACCUGAGCCAGGGCAGUGCCAAUGGCGUCGAGCAAGCUCUCGGCAAGCUUCUCACCAUCCCCGGUGUCGUGAGCUACUCCAACGCACGUUUCUGGCCCCUCGAUGGCGAAUCGCUUGUGGGCUCGUUGUAUAUCCAAGCUUUUCUAGAUACCCCGCCAAAAGUGCACGACACUGUGCAUCGGCAACAAAACCAGCGAGACGCUUCGACAAUCGCGCUCCAGGCCGAGUCGCUGCUUAAGCACGAGAUUUACGGGCUCGAGUCGGUCACUGUACAAGUCCAUACCGAGGGAAUGUAG